UCAAGGUCUCUUCGGGGCUCCCCACGCACACUCAACGGCUUUCUCGAAUCAUGAGCUCCCACAGCCUCCAGUGAUAUUGUAAGACUUCGCGCCCGCAUUUCCAUUUCACUCCACAUCUCCAUCGUGAUUUGCAUUUCACUCCACAUCUCCAUCGUGAAUUGGCAACGUUGCUCAAGCUAGCGACGGCCAGCACGAAUUCGGCUCCUUCAAGAUGAUCUGCCGUCCGUGCCGCAGACCAGGCUGCGAGCAGCAAGAUGUGGAGUCCUGCGUCACCAGUCCUGUGACAUCGCCUCAAGCGACCUCGCCAGGAACAGCAGUAUCAGCGGCCCGCAGCAACGCAUCCAGGGCCGCCACUGUCGAAUCUCAGCCGACAUGCCAGUCUGGUGUCAGCGCCAGUCCUAGGAAGGUUGGGCGCGGCAACGGAAGCCCAUUCGGUGCAAUUUCCAUCGCUACGACUUUUAGAUCGGGUUUUAGCGCGGCGCACGCACAGAAGGCUUUCGGACUCGCUGGCCACGGGCGGCGUUUUCUAUUGUCUAUCGAGUUUCAGGUGUUCAUCACGCUUGCAAUCGUCGCAGAUGUGCUCACUUUCUCCGUCGAGACUGCCAUCGCUCAUCAGAUUGACGAAGACAGCGUUCCCAUCUGGACAUCGUGGAUUAGUUAUGUCACGCUUGCGCUUUACGCUCUGGAGAUUAUCUUGAAGCUGCUUUGCUUCAGCAUGCAUAUCCUGUGCCGCGACAAGUGGUUUCUGCUAGAUGUGGUCAUUGUUGUAGUAUCCGCUAUUCUGAUCAGCGGCCCUGGAAGCAUUGUCGUGGUUGCAAAGCUGGGCAAAGUUGUGUUCCGAAGCAUUCGCGGCCUAGCUAAAGCUGGUCUUUUGGCGUUGCGCUUGAAACCCAUGAGUCAAGCAGCAAUGAAUAUGGUGUCGAAGAACAAGUACCGCUACGUGGAUUUAGAAAACAAUAUCGAUUUGGACCUGAGCUACAUUUCCACUGACCUGGUGGCUAUGGGAGUUCCUACAACAGGCUUUGCCAAUAGCUUUGCCCGCAAUCCACUUAACGAGGUGGCCCGCUUCUUUACCCUCAACCACCCCGACCAAUUCAGGGUCUACAAUUGCUGCCCAGAGAUGCCGUACCCAGUGCAGCCUUUCGUCGACGCAGGCGGCAGCGUCACUUGCAUCCAGAUCCAGGACCACACUCCUCCGCUUAUGGAGCAGUUCGUAGCGUUCCUGCAGGACGCACGCGAGUUCAAAAGCAUCAGCUCCGCGAACACGAUCGCCAUCCACUGCAAGGCAGGUAAGGGCCGCACCGGCUCCCUCAGCUGCGCUUGGCUCCUCUAUUCUCGCAGGCGCAAGACGCCAGAAGACGCGCUCGACUUGUUUGCACGCCGCAGGACCGACAUGCGCGUCAAGGGCAAGCUGCGGGGCGUGGAGACGCCGUCGCAGGUGCGAUACGUGAAUCAGGUGUUCCAGCAUCUGCAGCGCACAGACUCGUGGCUACGCUCUCCAGGGCCUCCGCCGCCGCUGCCAACUCCUGUGGCCAAGCUGAAGUUCCUGAGUUUGGAGGGUGGUUUCUUCGCGCGUCCCGAGAAUCUGGCUCCUGUACGGAUCCUCGUCCAGUUUUUGGGAGGCGCGGCGCCCAUAGCUGAGACCGUCACGGAGAUCGGCGAGAUCGAUCCAACGGUGGAGGUGGUACCGUUGGGUGACGUCGCUGUGCAAGGUGACAUCCGAGUAUCGAUUUUCAAGGAGAGCAGCCCAGGUUUUAGCGCACAUGAGGCGGUGCUUGCUGCACCUGAGAAUUUCAACAAGGCCAAGGGGCUGCUGGCCUAUUUCUGCUUCCACACAGGCUUCAUGCGUUCGGAACAGACCACCGGCGAUUCGGGCGGCGCGGGCGCGGAUGGCACCAUGCGCCUGGGUGUCAUGGAGAUUGACAAGGCUUGCAAGAAUGUGCACACGAAGAAUGGGAAAGGCUUAUUCGGGAAGGACUCGUACAUCUCGCUACACUUCACGGGCGGCCACGCGCCACCUCCGGUGUCGCCAGCUGCGAGGUCCUAUUGCAGCACAAGUCCCGCCAGGUCCUACGGAGUCCCGAGCCCGAAGUCUCUUGGCGGACGGAGUCCUCCCGCACUUCGCGUCCAGACGGCCGCAUGGUCCAGUGGCGUUUGCGAAGCGCCCUCGCCAAGCGGUGGCGGUGGCUCGAAGUCUCCAGCCACGAUCUACGAGGUUGGCGAGCCCGUGUCCGCAGUGGGCGGGAAGUACUCGGGCGCCGCCGACGAGGUCGCGGGCCCGCCUGGACGGGACCGCUCGGGCGGCACGACAUGGCGAGCCUUGGGGCAAAUGCUCGGGAACCGGACGCAGGACUCCUCAAACUCGGAGCCUGAAGCCGAGGAACUCCCAUCCGAGCGACACGCUGCCGAACGACCAGCGGCAGAGGCGGCGCCGCCAGCAGAACACUCCGAGGGCUGCUCUGCGCCGAGCUCCUCGGGGCCCACUGCUGGCGCGGACGGCCGUGCUACAGAGGUCGCGGUCUAGGCGGCCUUCCGAAUUACAGCCACGAGUUGGCCGUGGUCCAGCGCAGGGAGGACGCCGGCGCUGGCCUUCGCCUUCUGACAGCUCCUGCCUCGAAAGCGGCCCUGGGGUUCAGGGGGGCCACUGGGCUGUCACUGCGUGGCCAGCACUGCGGCACCGUGCCCCCUCCUUCCUGCUGCCGCCGCUCCAGACUUCUUGUCGUCUGGGACUGCUGCUCCUCCCCCCAUGCUUCCUACUCGCCUUCCGCCUCCCAUUUCUGUCAGCCUCCUCCUUGCGCUCGUGUCAUCAGUGUUUGAGACCCUGCGCGCCAAGGCACACGACCCUGGCGCACACGCAGUAGGGAGGAAGGCUAUGGCCGGGAGAUAUCAGGUCUUCGCAGCACGUUUUGACGGAUCGCUCCAAGCAGUGCUUGCACUUCGAGGUCCUUUACGUAUCUCCCGAGGAGCUGCUCGCGUCUGCGGCCGCGGCGGCCUCGUUCCCGUCCGUCGCCGUCCCAGUUUCCCCAAUAAAGGGCAAGUCUGCGGCCCCGGCGGCCCUGUCCCCGCCCGACGCCGCCGCCCCGUUGCACCCACCCCUGCAUUACAAUCGCAUUGCA